AUGGAAAAGAAGCAACGUACGCAUAUCAACGAUUCACCACUACCAACUCCACAGGAAGCUGCAGCUAGUCUUGAUCCAUUAGUUCAACCGAUUAAUGAUCAAGAUGGUGCACCGGUAUAUAUUCGUCGACAAUCAUCCGUGUUUUUUGUACCUAUUAGUAUAGUAAAUGAAAAUGAGGAAAAAAUUACUGAAGAAAAGAAAUCAAAUUUUAUUACAAAAUGUUUAAGUUAUAUGGAACGUUUUUCAGGUAUUUUAUAUUCUUUAUGUGCGUCAUUAUUAUUUACAUGUUCAAAUUUUGCAUUAAAACAAUUUAAUAUUGUUAUACUUGAUGUUCUUGUCAUUCGAAUAUUUGUUCAAGUAUUAUUAUCACUUGGAUUUAUUAUUUAUAAAGGUUAUAAUCCUUUUCAUGAUGGUAGUGGAUUAUUAGUAUUUAUACGUUCUCUUUUUGCUGCUGCCGGUAGUAUUUCCUUUUAUCUUGGUUUAUCUAUUCUUCCUCUACCAGAUUUAACAACAAUUCGAUAUACACAAGUUGUUUGGACAGCACUUCUCGCUUUAUUUAUAUUUCAUGAACGUAUUACUUUACCAACUAUUAUAGCAUGUAUAUUAACACUUAUUGGUGUUGUAUGUGUUGCUCAGCCAACAUUUCUUUUUUCACAAUCAAAAAUACAAAAUGAAACAUUAGAAAAUAUAUUAACAGAUAAUAAAAAUAAUAAUCAUUUAUAUGGCAUGUUACUUGCAGUUUCAUGUGCAUUUUCAAUUUCCAUGAGUAUUGUUUUAAAUAAAAAAUUACUUCAAAAAAAUGUUCGACAAAGUAUAAUAAUGUUUUAUUUUUUAUUAAUGACACUUAUUUUAUCUGUUAUAAUUCAAAUUUAUUAUUUGAAUUUUUCGAAAACAAAACAUUUAAAAUUUAAUUUUGAAACAAUUUUUUUUAAAAAAGAUUUUAUAUUUGCAACAAUUAUUGCUAUAUUACAAUUAUUUCCAAUGAUAUUAUCACAAAAAUCAAUUAAACGUGAACAUCCAUCAAUUGUUACAGUUGUACAAUCAUCUGAUAUACUUUUUGCUAUUAUACUUCAAAAUGUAUUUUCAUCGAUUAAAACUAAUUUACUUGAACUGAUUGGAUCAACACUUGUUCUUACCAGUAUUUUUAUUGUUGGUGGUCAUAAGCUUUGGUUAGAUAGACAAAAUCGUACUUAUAUACCAACAUCAACAGAAGAAAAUGUACUUAAAGUUGAAACAAAAAUUAAUAAAUAA